AUGGCAGCUGAAUUUUUGGAAAUACCUUUGCAAAAGCCAUUGUUGGAGAUAGAGCUUGAGAUCGUGAACGGAACUCGGAAGAAUUUUCCAACCAACGGAAUUAAUUUCGGCAGCGCCGGCAGCGGUGUUCUUACGGCCACAAAUAGUGAAUACUUGGUAUCAGCAGUCAGUACGAUUCGCGAUGUCACCGGGACGGCAAGAUGCUGCAGAAGAAUGACGUGUCGCAACCUUCAACGAUCGGUUUCAACAGAUCGACUACCGAUUAUUGGACGUGCGUUUCACGGAUUGCGGGGGAGACAGAGGCGGCUGCAGCGGUCCCCGCCACCUCUGAACGGCAUCACGGAUGGCGACUUUACCCGGUCGGCUAUCCCGUUGACAGAUCGACCACCAUGGCGAGGACACGAAACCCCCGGUCAGCCCCGAGUUCGCCAGAAGUGGCGGACUGGAGGUAGUUUCAUACAUGGCAGCGACCGCGACGAUGAGGACACCCGAGUCGGCAAUUUCCGGCGAACUGCUGAGGGGCAUCGAACCGCUGUCCACGGCGGCGACUCCCUUAGCCGCGAGCUGCGCUGGGACGCUGAGGGUUUUGCCACGGCUAGCGAGCGCGAUUGGAGGCAGAACGCGACAGGUUUUCGCGACCGGUGGCGCGCUGCUGCAGGUGACGACGGCCGAGAUGCGCGGCGUGGCAGCGAGAACGAGGCUGGAUUUAGAGGUGCUACAUUUUUGGGAUUUGACAUAGGUAGGAUACAGAUACAGAGGGCUUGUGAAGGAGGCGAAUUUGAUAUUAAUUUUGGGCCUGAGAAGAAGCAGUCCGAAAGCCUUUUUUGGGCCUGUGAAGUAGCUGCAGAAAUUGGGCCUAUGCAUAGGGAUUUUGGUCGCGAAUUUGGUCAAUGGGUGGGCUCAUUUCGCACUGAUAUCCCCGAAUUUGACGAGGAACACGUUGACGGGCCAUUUCUCCUAACAUUGGGAUGUUUGGUCGAAGUUAUAGAUUUGAGCGUGGCGAACGUUGUGGGUGUCACACCAAUCCAAGUCCAGCUUCAACAAUUCAAAACACUAGUGAAACAAAAUAAAAUCGACAAGAAGCUCGUACGCGACUCGCUCUUCUUCAUACAAUCGGGCAAUAACGACAUUUACGGCUACUUCAAUCCAUUCCACCCUCCCACAUUGACACCCGAAGCCUACGUGCAAUCCAUGGUGGCCCAAGUUGAAAAUUUUGUGGACACGAUUUACAAGCUUGGGGCCCGACGGAUUUCCCUUUUCGGGCUAGGACCAGUGGGCUGUAUUCCGGCCCGAGCACUUUUGCCCGGUGCACCUCUAACAAAGUGCUAUGGCAAGAUUAAUAGAAUGGUCAAGGAUUUCAAUAUGGGCCUUGAAAAUAUGGUUACAAGUUUUUCGGUCAACUACUCGGGUGCGGUCGGGGUUUUCGGAGCGACUUAUGAAAUAUUUCAGAUUCUUCAAACCAAUCCUAAGCACUACGGAUUUAAUGAUGUAGAAAAUGCUUGCUGUGGAUAUGGGAAAUUGGGAGGAGAAUUGCAAUGUGGAAUGGAAGGCUACACAUUGUGCAAAAGCCCAAACGGUCAUUUAUUUUGGGAUUAUUUCCACCCAACAGAGCGCGCAUACAAGCUCAUCUCCAAAGCCCUGUGGGCCGGUGGGCCCAAUCACAUCCGCCCAUUUAAUUUGAAGAAACUAUGCAACAUCACCCUUCCGAAUAACAUAUGAUGAUAAUCAAAGGUUGUCUGGUUAUCAUAAAAUAAAGACCUUUUCUCUUGUUUAUAUGAAGACUUUCUGGAUUUCUUGUCUUGAUUUAGGAAAAAUAAUAAGAGGUCUUUAUUUCUCUUACUUAUAUGAAAACUUUCUGGAUUUCUGGUCUUGAUUUGGGAAAAAUAAUAAGAUGCUCAUUCGUGUGCAUGUUUGAGUUUCAUAUAUGUUAGGCACAUAACUGGUAAAAGAAAA